AUGUCGGAGGAGAACAUCAGCUUGUACGAGCUGUUGAACUUAUCCAUCGGGACUCAGAGGGGAGCGGUCAACUUCGGCGCCCUACACGCCCUGCUCCACGCCGUCCUGAAGCAGUUGGACAUCCGUGAGAUGGAGACCCGAUGGAGAGACACUCCUCCCGGCGUCGGGCACCCUGAUGCUCCGGUGGUGCUGGUAGUGGGUGUCACCGAGCAGCGGCAGCAGCGCGCGGAGGAGGAGGAGCACCGUGUUCAGAGGGACAUCUCCCCGGUGGAGAAGGAUGUUAGGUCCGGCACCGAGCUGCAGGCGGAGCGGACAGCCUCCUCUUCAUCCCCGACCCCGUCCUCCGGCCCCGCAGCGGACAGCCAGUGGAGGCUCCGCUCCCGCAUCCAGACCUGCGAGGACGACGUGUCCAAGGCCAUGCAGCUCAUACAGGAGCUCCACAACCAGAAAGACAGUCUGAAGGAGGAGAUAAAGGAGCUGCGCCACCAGCAGAAGAUGACUGGUGUUGAAGCAGAGACUGUCACCGCCGUGGAGAAGUGCUGCCUCCGUGUGGACGCCCUGGAGGAAACUGUGAGAACUCUGAGGGCCACAUUUCCAAAGGAUCCAGGUCCAGAUCAGCUGAGUCAGUGUGUGACCUGGGACGUCAUGCAGUCAACUCUGCUCAGCGAGAAAGAAGACCUUCAGGAGGAGCUUGUGAAUUCAGGGCUUGUUGGUCCAGCCCCAGUGCUCAAACCCACAAACACACCUGUCAACAGCGACCUCCCCGCUGUCCACGCCGCACCUCCUCAUACCAGCACGCCCUCCUCCUCCUCCCACCCUGUCGAGGACACUGGCAGGCCAGCAGCUCCUAGUUCUCCUCCUCGUCCUCCAGCGAUUCCUGGACACAUUUCCCCUCUCCGGGAAGUGACGGACUCCCGGCCGGACACAGAAGCUCCCUCAGUCCCGUCUCCUAAAGCACCGCAGACUCAUCCUAAAGCUGCCGCUGUUACGCCGCUGUCUCGCCAUGCCAGCGGCUCGGAGCGCUACCCAGAGACGGUGGAGGCCCUGAGGAAUAUCGGCAAACUGAAGGAGAGGUUCAACAAGCUGGAAGCUCGUGUUGCGGCGCUGGAAGAAGUGAAGCUGGACCAGUCACAGCUGACACACCUGAGAGAGCUCGUCACUAAGGGAUCACGGGAGGCGUCGAAUAACCUGCUGGAUCAACUGAACCAGCAGAGAGCUUUAAUAGACAGCCUGAUGAGUGGCCGGGAAAAGCUGGACAAUUUGGAGGACAUGUUUAUGAACCUAGCGAGCCACGGCAGUGAAACAGAGGCAGCUCCGGGGAGUGCAGAUUCAGACAGCUUUGCCUCUCGCGUGCUCAGACAGCAAAUAUCCUACCUCAGGAAGUCUGUGCAGAAGCUGGAGGACGACCUGAAGCAGCUGAAGGCUGAACAGGCUUUAACUGUUAAGGAGACAACAACAACAGACCCACACCUACAAGAUCAGCUGGACGACCUGCGAGGCAUGUUGGAGGACAUGAUGUUGUCCUUGACCUCUCAGCUGUCCAGCAGCCUCCAGGACGAGGCAGGGCAGGACGAGGCAGGGCAGGACGAGGCAGGGCAGGACGAGGCAGGGCAGGACGAGGCAGGGCAGGACGAGGCAGGGCAGGACCAGAGCGAUAGCCAGGGCCUUGGUCAGAGAACAGAGAGAUCAGCUUUCACCACCAGCACAGUAAACAUUGGCAGGAAGCUCAGCUGUCUGUUCCAACACUAUGAGCAGCUGCAGGACACAGUGAACAUCCUUCUCCAGCAGCACACAGGAGGCAGAGCAGGGGCACUGAAGGACAUAGAGGACGUGCAGCUGGUGAACGACGUGCAGAAGGCGAUCCUGCAGCUUCAAGCAGAGUGUGGGAAACUGCAUGAAACCACCAGGUGUCUGCUGGAGGACAACAGGCAGAAACAGAGCCACAUAGAGGAACUGUACAAGACGACGGAGGAGCUGGAGGAGAAGAAGGCCGACAAGCACAUGGUUGAGAAUGAAAUCAAAGCAGAUAAAUCGGCCCUGGAGAGCAAAGUGAGCCGUCUGCAGUUUGACUCGGUGACGGAGCAGCUCAACGCCAUGUUCCACGAGCUGCUGAACAAGGUGACCGGCCAGGAGCAGGACUGGCACAAGGUCGUCGACAAACUCUCCACCGAGAUGGAGUGUAAGAUGAACAGGAUCGAGUUAGACUCUGUGAAGAGGCAGCUGGAGGGUCGCUGGAGGAACAUCCACGAGAAGCUGCAGGCGCAGGGAGCUCCGGAGCACGAGGACGCUGCUGGUUUAAGAAAGCAGCUCGUGGACAGAUUUCACUGCCUCUCCUGUGACCGACCUGUUGUCAAGUACACCCCCGGACCGCAUCCGGUGAAGCUGCCUUCCUCUCCUGGAUUCCCCUCUCACAAGUCCAUCCGGCCGUUCACCGUUUACGCCCUGGAGCAGUUUCGACAGCACUACAGGAGCCUGAAACCAGGGACCAACCGCUACAACUUUGAGGUAGCUAAACCCGGCAGGAGAAGGGAGCAGCUUCAGAAGAGCCACGCCGUGAUGUGCAGGCAGAUAGAGAGCGUGCAGAGGCGACUGAAACGCCGCGACAGGGCCGGCGGCUGCGACGCCACGAGCGACAGCCUGAUCCAGAACCAGCCGGGAGUGCUGCACGAGCGAGGCUCUGAGACGACGGCGGACGGCAGUCACCUGGCCAUGACGCGGAGCUGCGGGGGGAGUCACACGGUCACCUACGCCAGCCAGCGACGCGCCGGCAUGCAGUACAUGAAGCACUACACCCAGACCGAGGGGGACGGUUUGAUUCCGUCGGAGGAGGUUGAUAUCGUCGGACUGGACGGGCACAUUUACAAAGGUCGCCUGAACGCAGCUGCCAUGAGAAACACAGACACUAAACUACCUAUCAUCCCUACCAAAGACGCUGAGAGCUGGAAAUGUCGUGGUGAGAGGGAGUCUGCUCUGAUGGCCGCAGGCAUGUGCAAAACUAAAGACAAGGCCAAGUGCUCCCUGCCCCACAAACCCGCCGGUUCCCCGGAGAUGGGACACAGCGCUCCGGCUCAUCACCCCCCCAGUGCCAAGAGCGUCCAGUGCAGCCGCUCAGCCUCCAGCAGUUCGGGUCGGGACUGGCCCGUGUCGGCUCUGGGCUGCACGUCUCAGAGCUCCCUCACUCCGGCUUCAGCUGCUGCAGACACAGAGCGUCAGGCCAACGAACCGCUCAACCUGUAGGGGGCGACACCAAGCCCCCCCAGUGUUUUUCAUACUUAAUUAACUUCUGCAGAGAGAAGGUAACCUGCUUCCACCUCUUUGUAGUUUAAUUUUAUGCACUACAUGUCCUGUAAAUCACCAGCACUGCGACGGCUCUUUGGAUUUUAUUUUUAUUUUUGUAAUGUUGCGUUUUUGUGAUCAGCCACUUUAUUAUUAAUAAUAACGAUAAUAAUUAAUAAACUUGAGUGUACAUUACAAACUU